CGCCCACAUCUCCUCCACAGAUACAGAUAUCGAUCGCCCAUCAUGUCGGUCCCUUCAAUCGCACCGCAGAUUAUGAAGCGCCCAUGGCUCAAGCGCUGGAUGGAGCCGCUCUCCAAGUGGUACUUUGAUAACUCUGGCUAUCGGAAGCUAGGUCUGAGAGCCGAUGACUUGAUUCCGGAGGAGAGCCCAGAGGUGCAACUCGCUCUCAAGCGUCUGUCACCCAAGGAAGCAUAUGACCGUGUUUUCCGCAUGCGACGAGCGUUCCAGUGCUCCCUAGCACAUCAAUUGCUACCAAAGCAGGAAUGGACCAAGGCCGAUGAGGAUAUCCCAUACCUCUCACCCAUCAUCCGCGAAAUCGAAGCUGAAAAGACCGAGCGCGAGGACCUCGAGAACAUGCAAAUCACCAAGCCUAAACCGAAAUAGAUGAGAUACCACAGGGAAGGAGUAGGUCAUGACACGAGUUCAACGGAGGUUGAAGUGUACAUAUUGCAGCAGCAAGAGACACCAUAGAUUCGAAGCAAGCACUUGAGUUGU